UCCUCGGAGAGAGGAAGCGGAGGGAAGCUAUAUGUGCUCCCAACAGGUGAUCGAGCGGCUAGACAUUGAAGCCGCUAUGGCGGCCCUUGACGAUGAGACGAUUACGUCGGACAAGGUCAAGGAUCUGUUCGCCGGUCUGGGCGAGAAAGCGAAAGCCUCGUCUACUCGGGUAGCGGCUCUACCGUCGUCACAGCUGAAUUGUGCAGAGCUUGCAGCUUGCAAGCAGCGACUGAAAGACAGGUUAGAGCAUCUUCGUUCCACGAAAGAUGUGCUUGGUGCAUAGUCCGUGAACGCCGUACUGCAGACAUCGAGGGCUAAUUUGGUGACGCACCAUUGUACAGGAGACGUUUUUGAGCCGCGGGGGAACGGGCUCUGGUGAGAUUUGUAGCCUGUGCGCUGAUUGUCGCGGAGUAUGUGACCAGUCGCAUGGUGUACGCUGGACAGGUUUUCGUAUGAAGUACUCCAAGAGCGUGUGGAACUCGCGGUCCUGCCGCACACCUUGGUUUUUUAUAUCACAACAUCGUUGUUACCCGUACUACGGUCCGAGCGGUCUUGCUUGGAACGGGUGCUAAGAUUUGAGCGCGAACGCAUUGUGUGAAGUGUGAUUUCGUGUUUUUAGCUGUGAUGGGCAAGCAUGGGGAACAAGCUGCGCCCUACACGACCGACCGCUGCUUCCGCCUUGCUCGCGCAUUAACCUCAACCCAUCACGGCUGAAAGCAGAGAAGCACCUCCUUACACACAUUAGUGCUCUUUGUGGUUCGACAGUCGUCGUUUGGGUUUUGGUGGGUCGAAAUAGCAAAUGUUCCAAGGUCACCUCCUGUUAAGCAGGCAAUAUGGCGUUUUCGGAGGUAGAAGUAGUGCUCUAGUGGUACAGUCCAGGACUGCUGCAAUAUGGAGCAUUCGUUCAUUUCGUCUGUUGUGUGGUACAUGGAUGGGGACCGAAUUUUUCAAUGUUCAGAAUCAUGUAGAUCUGCAUAGGAAGCGUGAAUGCGCAUUUUACUGAUUAAAGAUCGGUUCAACCGAUGAAGUACCCAGUUCUAUCUGAAGUUGACUUUAUUGUGUGUGGCGUCGUAUACCGAGCGCGAAGCUUGCGAGCCUCUUGAGUAGCAUGAACUUGUUAGCACCGACGUUGCCAAACACGCGCCACCACCUACAAACAUUCGUUCGCUGACAGUGACUGCCGAUUCCAAUGACGUUGAUAGAGAGCUCGAUUUCGAAAGAGAUCGGGUCGUGAGUACCUCCGCCACGACCAACGGUUUAGCAGUAAGUGCGUCGACUUUCACCGCCCUUGCGCUGCACACCUCAAAAACAAAAAAAAGAAAGUCCUGUUGUCGGGAAGACAUGUUGAUCCCAUCUUGCCCACCACGCCCAUAUCUACAAUGGACCAAUCUAAGAUGCUCUUCGGCGCUUUUCAUGGACAGCCUGGGCUCGAAGAAAGUACAAAUUGCAUAUUACUGCUGUAUCAGGAACCUGAACUGAGGUGCAGCCUUUUUCGUUGGUCAUCCCAACUCCAAGCUAGUGACGCCGAAAACUCGUUCCAGCGGAAGCUUCGGCGCUGGUCCUCUGUACAUUCGCCCAGUCUCGCAGACCCGGCCAAGACCUAGCCCUCGGGCCAACCGAAUACCUUCAAUGUUUGGCUCAGGCACGUCAAUAAACACAGUAGCUUUGGCGCUGGAUGGAUCAGCUGAAAUACUUGCCGCUACCAGCUCUCGUAUCAGCAAAUGCGCGAUAUCUGCAGAACCUGCAAACAAAGGGCCGAUUCUCACGCCCUCACUGCAGGGCCGCAGCACGCCGUAUCCUUUGAUCUCUCCGCCAUUGUCAGUGGAGAGAGCCACACGAGCAAUAUGACCCGAGUUGGUGAGCCAUGCGCGAGCAAACUCUGGUCGCGGAGCCGGGACGUGUUCGUUGUCGUAGUCGACUACCAAGUUCACGUGGUCUUUCUGCGUCAAAGCUUGAACAACAAACCCAUCAUAAACGCCAUCAUCCUGUUUCGGCGCUGUUGGUGGUGGUGAAGUCGUUGGAGUAUCCACGAUCAUAGGACCCCGGAACCGUACGGUCUGGUGGGCUAAGACGAAGCCGUGCUUCGCGUAGUUCGUUUGUUGUGCUGAGACUGCGUCGAGCCCUAUCGUCCGCCCUCCCAAGCGGCCCAUUGCUGCCCGAAAGAUGGCCGAGCCGUGACCUCUGCCGCGGAAUUCUGGGGCUGUUAUAUAGAACCCGAUGAAGCCGUAGUUCUCCCCGAAUCGAACAGCCGAUAUCGAAGCCACUGGCCUGCCACUCUCUGUCUUUGCAAUGAGAAACCCGUCACUGUCCGCUUUCAGAUACGGAUUAGCAUCUCUGUCUCCCGGAUUCCAAUUUUCUUGGUGCGCCCAUUCAAGCACGUUGUGCAGGUCACCCUCGGUCAUGACGCCUAUUUUCACGCGCUCAUUGGCGCGGUCAGCCGACUCCACGCCUGCCAUCUCUGCCAUCUCCUGCGGUGCGUGCCACCAAGUCGCUGUCGCCGGCGCUCCUAGUGUGGCCAAGCCCAGCUGCCCUAUACGGACAAUUUCUUAAAGGCCACCAGGCUAGCAGGAUCUGACGAUGAAUGCUCGCCACGUACCAGGUGGUGGGCUGUUGGC